GAAUCACCAACUAUCCUAUUGGAGUGGGAAUCAAUGGUGCAGGAGAAAUCACUAUUGCUGACAAUCACAACAACUUUAAUCUCUCCGUCUUUUCCCAGGACGGUCAACUAAUCUCUGCCCUAGAGAGCAAGGUUAAACACGCUCAGUGCUUUGAUGUUGCCUUGAUGGACGACGGGAGUGUGGUGUUGGCGAGCAAGGAUUACCGUUUAUACAUCUACAGAUAUAUCCAAGUACCACCGAUCGGGAUGUAAACAAGUGGAUACUCCUAUCUAUAAUUAGGGUUGUAUCCUUGUAUCCGGGGCUAUAGGAACACUUUCUAGUGUCGAGGGGUGGAACCUGGACACUCGGUACCAGAAACCUAAAAACCGGAACUUGGAAUCCGGAACCUGGAACCCACCCAACUCAGUCUUUCCAAAUUUUAUAUUUCUGCGUGUGUAAUGUUAACGUUAAGAUUAGAAAAGUUUCUCCUGUCGUUCCACUGUUUGUGUUAAGUUUUGAAAAUGGAGAAUUUUUAUGAAAAUUUUAUUAAAGCUAGAAAAAUCUAUCUUUGGGAAAUACUUAGCAUAGAACAUUUGUUGCAAUAGCUUACGUUGGAUUUUGGUGGGCAUUUGUGUAACUUUUGGGGAGACCACAUAUCACAUGGAUCAAAAUAGUUAAUAUAGUCAGAAAUUCAAGAAGGCAUUUAUUAGUUAUAUGCUAAGUAGCUCAACUCUUAUGUUUGGAGAUAUGACCAAAAAUUGUACUCUGCUAGUCAGUGAAAAAAGCUAAGUGCCAUUGCCGUUUUUGUUGAUUUUUAAUCUAAAAGUUUUUACAAGUUUAGAUUGCUUGUAUACAUUUGAUAUGUAAACUUGUUAAACCUAAUAUAUGUACUGUCGUACAAUUGUACAGUACUUUUGUUGUUGAUUCAGUGCUUUUUCAGUUCUGUUUUCUUCAGGGCGUCGAGGCAACAUCUGACUUAAAAGUCCGCACUGUACAACUGUACGCUGGCAUUUAUUCAUAUUUUAAUUCUUUUGUUUGUUAGGGUUUGUAAUUGUUUAUGUUUGGAACUGGCGAAGGUAGCAGUACACACAUAUAUACAAACUAGAACCAGUAUUAUUGAACCCCUACCCUCACCUUUUUGUUUUGCAUUUAUAAUAUGUUUCAUUUUAUUUUGGUUUCUAGAAUAUUUAAAGGAUGUUUUACCAAACUACUGCUUGUUGUACUAUUAUUAUUUUAGUUUUAGUUUUUAUUCAGUUAUUUUAAUCAUUUUGUAAAAUUUUGUUUUAAGGCACAAAGUGAAUUGACUUGAGAUUAUUGAAAAGUGUCUUUCACGCGAAUUUUAUCCUCCAUUUUGGAAUCAACAGCUGAUUCUAAGAACCGGGGGGUUUUCCCGCCAAUUUGGUUUAAAUACCCCCCGGGAAUCUCUUGAGAUCUAGCCCCCCGGGAUCUGAAGUUACACCUGGUGAAUCAAAUAAAGAUUUUUAUUCUGUCAUUCGCUGUGCAUAUGUUAAUACAUAUAUAAAACUAACCAGCCUAUUUAUUUAAAUACUGUACUGUGCACGUGUCUAUAUUUACCGCUAUUAGUCGCUUGUUUUCGUCCGUACGCUUGUAUAGUCUAUAUUCUACAUAUAUAUUUAUUGAUAUUCUCUCAGAGGUGGCCUGCGGUAAGACUGAUCACCACAUUUGUUGGCUUUCUUGUGUCUACGCUUUCUUGUUGGUUGAUUUUCUUUAUUCCCCAAUCGGUCUUACAUCGGGUUCACACCUCUAUCGGCAUAAUAAGAGGUAUCCGCGGUUAAAUUUAUUUGUAAAGGUUUAUUUUGUUACUCUUUUUAUAAAUUAAUUGCGUCAUGCUCACUAUUUUAUUUAUAUUUUUUAUAAACCCCUUUUCUCUCUCUUCGGUUGUGGACAUCUUUCAUUGGGGUGUUAAAGUUGAUAUUUGGAAACAUUUAUAUUGGAAACAUGGUAUUUAAUUGUUUUCAUCUUUAUCGAAUUAUUGUAUGGAGGCUCCUGCUUUGAAGGAAAUUAAUCUAGAAAGUGACAAAUUGAAUUCAAAAAAUCAAUUAUUUCUUCACCGUCAAUGAAGAAUUUAAUUUUGCCUUCAUUCGGUCGAGAUAAGUUGUUAUUUUGAACUCGUUAGCUGACAUCAUAUACUUAGCAAUAUUAAACAACAACAUGGCGUUAAAUCGGUUCCAACCAGGCGUCAAAAUCAUUGUGGCGCCUAUCUCCUGGGUGUGCUCAGACACUUCGCGCCACUCUUGGACCAAUUCAUAACUGCGCCGCUACGACGUCCUAUUACAUGUGAAAUUAAAAUAUUUUUAUAUAAACGGGCGCACCUCUAAUUUUUGAAUUGUUAAACCGAAAGCACUUGUUUUUUUAAUAAUCAUAAUUCUCACAUCUCUACUACCCCAAUAUAUUUUGUAUAUUAAUAUUCUUCUUUAAAAUAUUUAACCAUUGUUAUGUGUACACCUAAUAUUGGACCAUGGGAUAAGGGCAUUUGAAUUAACCAUUCUAAAAGGGCAUAAAUAAAUUAUUCCAGUUUGAUGGGCAUUAUAUUCAAUCAUAACAUCCAACUAUAGAAGCCAUUUUUAACUCUCCCCUCCCCCAAAACGUGCCUCAGAACGCCCUCAGAGCAUUAGAUAUUUGUGCGUAGAGUUUAUUCUACGCACCUCGCGAGCUCUCAUUACAUUCUCAUAUUUUAGUCAAAAGAUUUGUAAAAUGUUAACUUGUGAAAAUAUUCCUGUUAAAAUUCAUCUGUAUCAUAAAAAUUAUGGAAUAAAAUAAUUGUUUCAUUUCU